GCGGAAUCUCCCUGUUGUAAUUGGACGGUGAUGGCAACAGGAAUCCGCAGCCUUGGCACAGCGUAAACACAAGCGCGUCUGACUCGAACCGCGAAGGACGCGCCGAGAGCGGAUGGAGCGGCUGAAGCCUCAGAGAGGAGGGCAGGUUCUUUAGAUCUUUUUACUUGAUUUCAUUUAGAAGCCUUUUACCCCUGAAGAGCCCAGAGUCCGGGGGUUUCUGCGGCAGCUCGGGAUCGAACAGCGCGUCCUGGAUGUGGAUUACGCACGGCGACGGAACUGGCGGGACAGAAAAGUUUUGAAAGCUGCAGUUUUGUUGCACAGCAAUGCGUAACAGAAACUCACAAGUCAGUGCCUGAAGAGCGUGGAUGGAGUGAUUAUACACAACAGAACACGCGCGUAACGAUAAGACACCAGCUUAGAGAGACUGGAUUUAUGGAUUAGACUUUAUUUUGGACUUUGAUCCAAUAAAGAAAAUACAUUUCCAUUUUCCGUGGGAUGGCAACAGCCACCUCAAGUCCAUACCUGGCGAGCAGCAGGAUUUUAUCCAGCCCGGUCCUUCAUUCUGACCGCAGGAGCGGAGGUGGAGGUGGAGGAGGUGGUGGUGGUGGCAUGCAGCCGGGCGGCACCGCUGUCACCACCGUCUCAGGUGGUUUCAGGGGAGACCACUCGGUGAAGAUGGUGCAGAGUGACUUCAUGCAGGGAGCCAUGGUGGGCAGCGGGGGCCACAUGCUCAGCCACGCACACCAGUGGGUGACAUCGCUGCCACAUGCUGCAGCCGCAGCGGCGGCAGCGGCGGCAGCAGUGGAGGCGGCUUCUCCGUGGCCCCCGAGCUCCCAGCCGCAGGAGGUGAAGAGAAACUCCGGCAGGGAGGACAUCCAUUCCCUCCACCACCGGCCCCCGCACCUGGGGCCCCAUCAUCAGACGCACCCGGGCUCUUGGGGAGGAAGCAGCGGUGCAGCCCACAUCAGCAUCACCGAGGCGCAGCAGCAGCAGCAGCAGCAGCAGCAGCAGAGCCGCAUCUACUCCCAGACGGGAGGCUUCACCGUUAACGGCAUGCUCAGCUCACACGCCGGACAGAGCCUCAUGCACCCGGGAUUGGUGCGAGGACAGUCUCCGGAGCUGGACCACGGCAGUCCGCAUCAUCCUCAUCAUCAGCACCAUCCUCACCACCACCACCAGCACCAUCACAGUCACCAGUCACACCUUCACCAGCACCACGGCGUCAACCAAGAGCCUCACUCGGACGAGGACACUCCGACCUCCGACGACCUGGAACAUUUUGCCAAACAGUUCAAACAGCGACGCAUCAAGUUGGGCUUCACGCAGGCGGACGUGGGUCUGGCUCUCGGCACCCUGUACGGCAACGUCUUCUCCCAGACCACGAUCUGCAGGUUCGAGGCUCUCCAGCUGAGCUUCAAGAACAUGUGCAAGCUGAAGCCCUUGCUCAACAAAUGGCUGGAGGAAGCCGACUCCACCACGGGGAGUCCCACCAGCAUCGAUAAGAUCGCGACGCAGGGCAGGAAGAGGAAAAAGCGCACGUCCAUCGAAGUGAGCGUCAAGGGUGCGUUGGAGAGCCACUUCCUCAAGUGUCCCAAACCCUCCGCGCAGGAGAUCAACUCUCUGGCGGACACUCUGCAGCUGGAGAAGGAAGUGGUCCGGGUCUGGUUCUGCAACCGCAGGCAGAAAGAGAAGCGCAUGACGCCGCCUGGAGUCGGCCGGACCCCGGAGGACGCGUACUCACAGGUGGGCAGCAUGGGUCCAGACACUCCGUCUCCAUCUAUAGACUGCAAGAGGAUGUACAGCGACACGUGAAAACGACUUUAAAUAUUUACAUCAGCGCAGCGUCCGGACAUAGUUCGACAAAGUUGUCCCUGAGUAGAAUUCAAAGAAAUAAGUUGGACAAACUCGGAAAAAUAGUUCGGCCGAUGACACCAAAUUCUGUUCAGAUCAGUCAAACUAACAAAGAAAGAUACAUUUCAUCAAAGCAGUUUACCGUUGAUAAACUUUCAUUUGAAAGGUUUUCAUUUAUAUGACCGAUCCCCACUAAACUCUCCCGUGUGUUUCUCGUCUGUUUUCUUCUUCAGUGCACAUGUCUGUUGUUCUCCACAGAAAAUGUCCCUGUUAUGCACCACGCCGACUUCUUUCUGCACUACAAAUCAGCUAAAUCUGAAGGGAAAACAUCAUUUUUUAUCCCCAGUCAUUUAAACCUAAAUCCCACACCAAAAGUCACAAAAAGUACAAUUUCACACACACUCUUAAAGUGGACAACUGUGUACAGUCCAAAGUCAACUGUCCCCCUGAUGCUGCAGAUUUAUGUCUGAGCUCUACAUUGUAUUUUAUAAAAGUGAGAGACAUUGAUUGACCGUGUUCUAGGUUGUUUUUUUCUAUGAUGAGCAAUAACUGAUCUUUCUGUUCGAGGUGUUUUUUCCACUUCUCUGUUGUGUAUGUGGAUUUAUGUUAUUACGCAGUUAAAAAAAAAA